AUGGCUCCUGUUUUUAUUCUAGGCAAAGACAUCAAAUUGUCUACUUACAAAAAAGCUAUCAGGCUAUGGUUGAUUCGUACCUAUACGGUACCCGAAGGGCGCAACAGUUCGGAUAUCAUCAAGAGUCAGGAAUGUGUCUUUCAUGAUGCUGAGGGUACAUACAUUCAUGGGAACAUCCCUAAAGAGUGUGUUGAAGAGUAUUCUAAACUUUUGAAAGAAGGGAAGCAUCUCAUUGAUGUGAUUGGUAGAGUGGUGGAGUACUACACUCCAAAAGAGAUUCUUAUAGCUGGAUUUCCCUCCAAAUUGGUGGAUUUUCUCAUAGAAGAUGGCCAGGGCAAUCAUCUGAAGUGUACUGUCUGGGAUCAACAUGUUGAUACGGCCAUGCAUUAUUUCAAAACUCAUGUGGAAGAUGAAUUCAGGAUUUCAAGCUCAUACAACGCUACACAACUAUGGUUUAAUCACCCUUGCAAGGAAGUCCAAGAAUUUAAAGACAGUUUGAAUGUUGAUACCAGGCCACCUCUAAGUGCACAGACUGUGUCUCACAUGUCUCAUGGCAAUGCUGCUGAGAGUUCAAAAACUCCUAUAACCGUAACUACAAUCGAGGAUCUUUAUGAAAGAGCCGAGGAGGGCUACUACUGGGUUCCUGGAAGGAUUGUUGCUGUGGAGAGUACUACCAAUUGGUUUUACCAUUCAUGUAGAAGUGAGGGAUGCUUUAGGAAAUUGCAUUUGAAGAAUGGGACUCUGCAAUGCCUAAAAUGUGGCACAAGCUGGCAAGAGGGAAACCUAAGGUACAGGCUCAUUGUGAGGGUAGGUGAUAAGAUCACAGAUGCUCCUUUUCUUUUGUGGGACAAGGAGGGCUGCGAGAUAAUUGGAAAAACUGCAUUCGACAUAAGGACCAAAUACUCAAUGGAUGGGUCUCCUCUCCCAACCGGUAUGGAAGAAGUCCGUAAUAAGGCUAUGGUCUUCAAGAUUUCUGCUAAGAGUGAUCACUUCAAGAACCGAGCAAUAGCUAUACCUGUGGUUGGAAUAGCAUACGAUGAAGAUUUAAUUGAUCACUACUGUCCCUGUUUAAGUGAUGAUCAAGAUCAGCUAUCAAGGAUGUUAAAUGAAGAAGAUCCAGAUGCCGAGUCUGAUGAAUCUGAAUCGGGUGAUGAGGCAAGCAGUCCCAAUCCUAUUCAAGCUAAGAAGCAAAAGGUGGAUGAACAAGAUGAACCCCUGGAAGCAGUGUCAUCAAAAAGGAAUUUACUUGAUCAAUUUUCAUCAAGUAGAGAUGUUAAGAAAGCAAAGGCUGUUUUGGUUAAACAGGAGAAAAAUUGA